UGUAACUUACGCCACAUUUGAAGUGACUGGACGCGCACAGAGGGCAAAGUUCACACGGAGGCAAGAUGGCGGCUUCCUGUGACAGUUUGGUGCCGCUGAUUGUGCUGUUGUUCGUGAGCGCUCAGGCUGUGGACCGCAGCAACUUUAAAACAUGCGAUCAGAGCGCCUUCUGCAAGCGUCAGAGGGAGCUGAAGCCGGGUCAGUCUCCGUACAGAGCUCUGCUGGACACGCUGGAGCUGAGCGACUCCAGACUCACCCUGCAGCUCAUGAAUGACAAUAACAAGGUUCGCUUGUUGCUUGAGCUGUACAGACUGCAGGGCAACAUGACACGGGUCAAGAUUAAUGAACUCAAGCCAAUUAAGCCUCGUUACGAGGUUCCGGAUGUGCUCAUCUCUGAUCCCAUUACUGAAGCGCUCUCAGUGGUGGCUCAGGAUGAGAAUAGUCUGGUGUUGUCUCUGGGUGGCAAAGACCAGCGGCUCAUCGUAAGUGCUCAGCCAUUUCGGCUGGACAUCGUUGAGGGUCCUCAAGUGCUCAUGUCACUCAACUCCCGUGGCUUGCUGGCCUUCGAGCACCUGCGGGCACGCAAGGACACUAUCUCUCAUAAAAUAAGUAGCACAGUUGGUAGCAUGUGGGACUCGCUCAAGAGCAUGUUCUCUAGUAAAAGUGAGUCGGAGCAAGCGACAGAACAGGAGAAUGAGGAGCAGCAAACGGAUGAGGAUGGACAGAUAAAAGAGGAAGAGGAUAAACCGGGCAUGUGGGAGGAAACAUUUAAAUCUCACACUGAUUCAAAGCCCAAUGGUCCAUCGUCUAUUAGUUUAGAUUUUUCUCUACCUGGUGUGGAACAUGUCUAUGGCAUUCCAGAACACGCAGACACACUCAAACUGAAAAACACUGAUGGAUCAGACCCGUAUCGGCUGUACAACUUGGAUGUUUUCCAGUAUGAGCUACACAACCCAAUGGCCCUCUAUGGGGCAGUUCCCGUCCUCAUUUCUCAUAACACUGAGCGCACCAUGGGCAUCUUCUGGCUCAAUGCAGCAGAGACAUGGGUGGACAUCAGCUCCAAUACUGCAGGAAAGACAAUGUUUGGAAAAAUCCUGGACUUGGUACAAGUUUCUAGUGAAGCUCCUCAGACAGAUAUACGCUGGAUAUCUGAGAGUGGCAUCAUUGAUGUCUUUAUCAUGCUGGGACCACAACCUGCAGAUGUCUUCACUCAGUAUGCCUCACUUACAGGCACUCAGUCGUUUCCUCCUCUCUCGGCGCUGGCAUAUCAUCAGUGCCGCUGGAACUAUAAUGACCAGGAGGACGUAAAGACUGUUGAUCAGGGCUUUGAUGAGCACGACAUCCCGUAUGACUUCAUUUGGCUGGACAUCGAACAUGCAGAUGGGAAGCGCUACUUCACCUGGGACCCCACCAAGUUCCCUCAACCUAAAGAAAUGCUGCAGGGCCUGAUGGACAAGAGGCGCAAGCUAGUGGCCAUUGUAGAUCCGCACAUCAGGGUGGACAGCGGCUACAAGAUUCACAAUGAGAUUCGCUCCAAAAACUUUUAUGUCAAGAACAAAGACGGAGGAGACUAUGAAGGCUGGUGUUGGCCAGGUAAUUCGGGCUAUCCUGACUUCACUAACCCUGAGAUGAGAGCCUGGUGGGCCAGCAUGUUUGCCUUUGACCAGUAUGAGGGUUCCAUGGAGAAUCAGUACGUGUGGAAUGACAUGAACGAGCCGUCUGUGUUUAAUGGGCCUGAGGUCACCAUGCACAAAGAUGCUGUUCAUGGAGCCUGGGAGCACAGAGACGUUCACAAUCUGUAUGGCCUCUAUGUGCAAAAGGCGACUGCUGACGGCCUGAUCCAGCGUUCAGGAGGAGUGGAGAGACCUUUCGUUCUGACCCGAGCAUUUUUUGCUGGAUCCCAGCGUUACGGUGCGGUGUGGACAGGAGAUAACGCUGCUGAAUGGGGUCAUCUGAAGAUGUCUAUCCCUAUGUGCUUGAGUCUGGGCUUAGUGGGCAUCUCUUUCUGUGGAGCUGAUGUUGGCGGUUUCUUUAAACAUCCCAGCGCUGAGCUUUUGGUGCGAUGGUACCAGGCGGGAGCUUACCAGCCGUUUUUCCGCGCACAUGCUCACAUAGACACGCCCCGCAGGGAGCCCUGGUUGUUCGGACCCGAGAACACCGCUCUCAUCCGGGAGGCGAUACGCCAACGAUAUGCCCUCCUGCCAUACUGGUACCAGCUUUUCUACAACGCACACCACACCGGACAGCCUGUUAUGAGACCAUUAUGGGUAGAGUAUCCUGAUAAUGUUGCCACUUUCUCGAUUGAGGAUGAGUACUUGAUUGGGAAGGAUUUGUUGGUGCAUCCUGUGACUGAUGAGGCUGCUACUGGUGUUACUGCCUAUCUGCCUGGGAAAGGCGAGGUCUGGUAUGAUGUUCACACUUUCCAGAAGCAUGAUGGGGACCAGAGCCUCUACAUUCCUGUCACCAUGAGCUCCAUCCCAGUGUUCCAGCGAGGAGGGUCCAUUAUCUGCAGGAAAGACCGUGUUAGGAGAUCUUCGUCCUGUAUGGAGAAUGACCCAUACACUCUCUAUGUUGCUCUCAAUUCUCAGGGCUCUGCUGAAGGAGAGCUGUACAUCGAUGACUUCCACACCUUCAACUUUGAAAAAACAAAGCAGUUUGUCCACAGACAUCUGUCUUUCUCUGCCAGCACGCUGUCUUCCAGAAAUCUGGCCCCAGACUCCCAGUUUUCCACUGCCUCUUGGAUUGAAAAGAUUGUGAUCAUUGGAGGCAGUCAACCGUCCUCUGCUACACUGAAAAAUGCAGAUGGUACAGAGUUGGCUUUAGAGUUUGAGUUUGACUCUACACUUGCAGUUUUGACUCUACGUAAGCCAGGGGUCAACGCAGUGGCAGACUGGACCGUUGUCUUGCGGUAACACAAGGAUGACAUGCAAACAACAGAGAAAAGAACAGCACUUAAUGUCACAUGACCACACACAAACGUUAUAGAAUGAGCGACCAAACGGAGAAUGGGAACAUGCACUGAAAAAAUUGAGAAAUCAAAUGUUUUUAAGAUGGUAUUUGUAUGUGUUGAGAUAAAUGUGAAUGCAAACUAAUUUUGGAAAGCCGUCAGUGAAUUACAGGACCAGGAUAUUAAGUGUUUGACAUACUGACUGAAACUCUACAGGCCAAAAUGUCUAACUUAGACAGACAUUUGUCAUUAAAUUAGCAAUUUAAUAAUUGGUUGAAAUUUAAAAAAAAGACACAACAUAUAGGAUAUUCAUUUAUAGAUUGUACAGAUUAGAUUUUUUUUUUUUUUUCUCAGGUUGUGAAAUGCUUUGACAUUAAAAAUAAAUUUUAACACCUGGAAAUGCAAAACUGAUUGCACUGAGAUAUGUUUUUUUUUUUUUCUUUCAUUUUUCACUGGGCAAGUUUAAAUUGGUUCACAUGUGAAAAAAUAAUAAUUUGCGUCAAAUUAUGAAUAGCUGAAAAUAUUCUAUUUUUUGAGAUGCAGAAACAGUAUGUGCUGAUUAAUGGGUGAAUCUAAUGAAACCUGUUCUAUAUUUCACUCCAAAAUCUAAAGAAACGAGUACUGUUUCAUUGCAUGUUAAUUAAUAUACUUUAGGACCAUUGUUUUAAUGACAGAUUAGCAAAUUUGCAAAAAAAAAUUCCUCAUUUGGAUAGGAAGUGACAUUUUUUUCUGAGACCCUAUUACUUGGACUACAAGGAAUCAUUUCCAAAAACUAAAUGACCAAUAAAAAAUGAACUACCAAAUUUUUAUUUGGUAAUAUUUCAAAUUAAAGUAAAUCGAUAUGUUGUUAUAUAUACCCUUGUUUACUAGAGCACAGAAGCCAUCAAUGAAGUAUUUAGUAGUAACAUUUUGAGAAAAAAAAAAAAAAAAGGUAGAAACAGGCCUCUGUAAGUGAUUUUGAGGCUUGCUUGCUGAAAACCCCAAGAUAAGCAAACAAGCUAAACUAGGCAAAAAAAAAAAAAAAAAAAAAAAAAAAAAAAAGGAAAAAGAGCAACCUCUGGACUUGAUUAAAUUGCCCAUUUUUGUCCAACACUGAACAGGCUUGUGGGUUGAUUUUGAAGGAUUCAGACUGGUGUGAAUUCACAAAAAAAUGUAAGAAAAUGACAAUAGGAUUGCCAAGUCAAAAAGUGUUGUUGUAAUAAAUGUCUCUGGUUUAGGAAGAAAAGACUGGAUUAAAUAAAAGUGGCUCAGCUGA